AAUGGCUCCAAACAAUUCAUAAUAAUAGUUAUUUUUGUAACUCCAGGAAAACACCACAUUAUUUAUUUCCAAUUAUGACCUUAAUGCAAUGAUCAGACUUUAAUAUUUGUAUGUUGUCCUAUUAUAAUCAAGACUCCAGACUGAUUAUCUUAAUGGCUUCAGACUUCCAGACUUUUGCUUUAUUGGCAACACAAACAUUACUAUAUUCAUGAUUCUACGUAAGACCCAGUCAUGCAAGAAUUUUUAUUUUCAUGGAUCCAAACAAGACACCAGAUUUAUUAAUUAAAUGGCUACGAACAAGAUUCCAAGCCUGCUAUUUUAUGACCUAGACAAUAAUCAAACUUUACUAAUUACAGAAUUCUAAGAAAGUCUCCAGACUUACUAUUCCAUUGCUCCAGGCAAAACACUGUAGCUUUAUUAUGUUUAUGACCUAGACAUUAUUCCAGCUUUACUAUAUUGUUAUGCUUUUAAGCAAGACUCCACACUUAUCAUUUUAAUGGUUCCAUGCAGGUAUACUUCAAGACUUCUUACUUUGAUGGCUCCAGGCAAGACUCCACACUUCCCAGACUUAGUUUUAAGGCUCUAGACUAUACCCCAACCUCGUUAGUUUUCAUGUCCUAAGCGAAACUAUACAGCGUUAUUAUUUUUAUGACACCGUAUUAUUUUUGUGCCUGUCGCAUUGAUUUCUUGAAGUUGUAUGUAAUUUACACCUGUGGUGUAGUUAAAAGAGAGGCACCUGGGAUUUAGUUAAGAACAAAUUCAUACUCACGAAAUAGAACAUAAAAUACCCAAGAUGAAGUCUUCUGGUAAACCGCAUUUUUUUGUCGCUAUAGGCCCAGUUUCAAAUGAAUGGAAAAAACAUGUAAAUUUGAUAUAACAGCACGACAUUCGUUUUGGCAUAUAGUGUACCUGGAGAUGCGGUUUUCAUCAAAAGCAGUACGGUUGUUUGGAGCAGUUCUGUUCGUUAUCAGAGCUGUUCUUGGAAUGGGAAUUGUCCUCUACGGACCGUGCACAGCUUUAAGUGCAGCUACACCGGUACCCACGUGGAGUUCAAUUAUUGUUGUCGGCGUUGUCUGUACCCUAUACACAUUCCUGGGAGGUCUGAAGGCUGUAAUCUGGACAGAUGUAUUCCAGACUUUAGUCAUGGUGGCAGGCAUGUUAGCAGUCCUGAUACAGGCUAUCAUAGAAGUCGGAGGUAUGGGUAGAAUGUGGCACUUAGCUGAAGAAAAGGGAAGAAUUGAAUUUUUCAAUUUUGAUCCCGAUCCACGGGUGCGGCACACCUUCUGGACCCUCGUCGUGGGGAUCUAUUUUGUCUGGUUACCUCCAUACACAGUGGACCAGCAGAUGGUUCAGCGUUUCUCCUCGGCCAGGUCAUUGCGGGACGCCAAAAUGGCCUUGCUGUUUAACAUUCCUGGGAUGUUUAUCCUUAUCACGCUAUGUUCUCUUGUGGGAGUGGCUCUGUUUGCUACAUACGCCGACUGUGAUCCACUAAGUGCGGAUGUCAUCUCAAAUCCAAACCAGUUAUUGCCUUUGUUUGUCGUCCAGAUGCUAUCGUUCGCUCCCGGAUUACCGGGAUUACUGUUCGCUUCUCUCUUCAGCGGGGCUCUCAGUUCCAUUUCUUCAAUGUUGAAUUCUCUCGCGGCUGUUACAUGGGAAGAUUUCCUCAAGUUGAAAUUUGGACAUUUGCCAGAUGAGAAAGUUACUUGGGUGACUCGUGGCUUGGUUGUGCUGUAUGGUGUGAUUGGUGUUGGCGUGGCCUUUCUGGUGGAGCAGCUGGGUGGAACUGUUCUGCAGGCAUCGCUGACCAUUAACGGGGCCGCUGGUGCUCCUUUAGUGGGGAUAUUUAUCCUGGGAGCGUUUUUUCCUUGCAUCAACUGGAUUGGUGCUAUCAUUGGUGGUGUUUUGGGGUUCUCAUUUUCAAUGUGGCUUAUUAUCGGGAAAUAUUUAACAAAACCCGUGGAUUUUAAACUCCCCACAUCCGUGGAGGGAUGCUACUUCAACGUGUCCAACUCGAACACUUCAGUUUCUGUGUGGGCAAAUUCCUCACAGCAUCUGCAGGGUACAUCAUUAAAAUCUGACAUACAUCAUGAUAUAAUUGGACUGGAGCAGCUUUACAGCAUUUCCUAUCUGUGGUUCAGCGCCAUCGGUAUUCUCUCCACCAUUCUCGUUGGUUUCCUUGUCAGUGUUAUUACAGGUUUAUCAAAGAGAGAAGACAUUGAUGACAAUUUACUAUUAAGUUUUCCGAGAAACUCAGGGUGCUAUUGUUGUAAAAGAAAGAUGAAGGCGUAUCACUGCCAAACGAAAGACCACAAGACAUAAAGAUGAAACCAGAGUUCUUAAAUAUAUGUUGGAUAUUUUGAAAUUUAUAUUAAGUACAAUGGAAGGCCCACUUAUUACAUCAGUUAUAAGAAUAAUAAAAAUAAGUAAAUAAAAAAAAA